UACUCCUAACUAAUAUGCGAGAGUACCAUCUUUCCCCAAAAUCGGACGAAGAAGCUAAAAUACAUAACUCGCACGCAUUGUAUGCACGAAAUUUUGGAUACAUUUAUACAGGUGUCGUACUUGGUCACCCCUUUAUUUUUCAAUUUAUGACACUAAUGGCCAAGAUUAACUAUCAGGAAUCCGAAGAGAACGUAACGUCAUCAAAUAAAGCGCAAGGAAUCCAAUCUGGAAUAUCUCAUCCCGUAAAUUAUAUGGUCGAUGUCGACACAUAUUACGUUCCAAUUUUCAUACACACGGCUGUAUGCGAAGUGUGUUAUGGGUUUCUAUUAGUUACAUUGGAUGUCCUGUAUAUAACACUGAUCGAGCAUUGCUGCGGAUUGUUAGAAGGCUUAAGAUGUAGAUUAAAAAAUGCAUUAAAUUUCCAAGGGAAUAAUGAUUUAAUGUUUACACAAGAUAAAUCUUAUUCAAAUAUCGUGUAUAGUAUUCAAAGACACACUGAAACGAUGCAAUUUAUUGCCAUUAUGGAGUCGGUGUUCAGUUUACCUCUCUUUGUACACGUGGGAUGUGCUAUCAUACUCUUAAGUAUUGUGGGAUUUCAGAUAAUAACAACUACAGGAAAUAUACAACAUUUGAUAAGACAUUUCAGUUAUAUGAAUGCAAUAUUAAUUAAUAUUUUUGAAAAUUGGCAAGGUCAGAAAAUCAUAGAUUCUAGCGAGAAAGUGUUCGACUCCGCAUAUAACGCACAGUGGUACAAUAUGCCGAUAGAGACAAGUAAGCUUCUUAUAAUGAUACUAAUGACAAGUAAAAAACCAUUGAUAUUCACUAUCGGCAAACUUUUCUCAUUGUCAUAUAUAACUUUUAAUGCGGUAUUACGCACAUCAAUGUCAUAUUUUAUGCUAUUACGGUCUGUACAAUAA